AUGGAACAUAUGUGCCAGCUGGUGGAACUUAUAUACCACCAAACCCUCCAAGAGAAGCACCUGCACCAGGACUACCUAAAACAUUUGCAUCGUCACAUGGACACAGACACAGGCAUGCAACAAAACCAACACAACAACCAACAGUUCAAAAUCCAGCACCACAACAACAACCAAAACCAACAGUUCAAAACCCUGCACAGCAACCAACAGUUCAAAAUCCAGCACCUGCACCACAACCAAAACCAGCACAACAACCACAAACAGAGCAAGGACAUAAAAGAAGUAGAGAACAAGGAAACCAAGAAUUCUUAA